AUGCCCGGCGGUGUAGAGCAUUUAGAAGAUAUCCAACCCCGAUAUCUAUCGCGCUCCGGAAGUGAUUCUAGAGGUCCCAUGGACAUUUGGAAUAUAUUUGAAGGCGGGUCUCUGUUUAGCGGUCAAGACCCAGAGUCUCAAUCAUAUCGGGGUCGAGCCCACCUUGCGGAGAUGAUACAGCUCCUCGGCCCUCCUCCUCCGGACUUUGUUGCCAAAGGCAACUUAAGUGAAUUCUGUGCGGAUGUCGCUGUAGGAGAUAGAAUUCCGCUUGAGAAACGGGAGACAACCCUUGAAGGGCAGGACAAAGCUAGCUUCUUACGUUUGAUGGAAAAGAUGCUACAGUGGGACCCAGCUAAGCGUAGCUCUGCUAAGGAGCUUUUGGAGGACGAGUGGAUUUCCACUUCCUCUAUCCGCUAUGGCCGUAGGGGCCUCGGGUGCACGUUUUCAUGA